AUGCCUAUUGUUGGUGAACGCUCGAAGUUCUCAUGCUUGAAAAUUUACGACGAUACGAGUUCGUCAAAUGAUGAUGAUGACGGCACUAAGUUGAUGGGUAAAGCGACACUUGGACAGAAGAAGAAUCAUGAAAAUCAAAAAAAAACAGUCACAUAUAAAAGUGGUGGUGGUUUCAUCGUGCAUUCCAUACCACAGAAGCGAAAAAAUAAGGGCAAAAAGACUAAAAAGGUACCUACUGUUGUGGAAGAUGGCUUCAUAGUGCAAGAUGGAGAUGGGGAUUAUAUGGAGAAGAAAUACCGCGAGGAUUUACAACAAGCAAUAGAAAACAGUCGCCAAAUGGCUUCCACAGCAUCUACCGACCUCAAGCAAGGGAUAGCAUCAUCCGAUGUUCACACAGAAUCUCGGAUAGAGCAGGAAACAGUGAGGACGAAUGAUGCAGUGGAAUUGCUCAUAUCGGAAAUUGAUUCACAAGCUUCCGCUCUAUUCACAAAAAGUGAUGGGCCUCAAAAGACUAAAGAGCAGCAUUUGGUUGCAUUAUAUCGAUCAGAACUGGUGGAAACACUUAGGCAAAUGAACCUGGAAAAAGAAGUAAAAUUGAAAGCAGAGUCAGAAGUGACCAAGUACAAAAAUCGUUAUAAGAAGUUAUGCGAGUUACUGAAGGAUGCUGAAGUGAAUGAGAAAGCGCAUAUGGCGGCAGAUCUUGAGAAAGCGAGAACAGUGGAGAAAGAGCUGAGCUCUCAGAUUGGUGAACUACGUGGAGAGCUGAUGCAGGCGCGAAGCAAAAUUCGAGAACUUGAAAUGAAGUAUAAAGAGCUGGUCUCAAAGCAGCAGCACUAG